AUGAGUAUGUUAAACUGUUUCUCCGGCGAGAACUGCAUCGUAAACGUGAAAACGAGAAAAUUGUGUCCAAAAUGUCGACUCUUAAAGUGUUUAUCAUCGGGAAUGAAGACUGAAUUAAUGAGAAGUUUAGCCGAAAAUGAAAAGCGAAAGCAAACAAAGGAAAGAAACAAAAGGCAAAAACUGAACGCAAACUCAACGACAAGUAGUAGUGAUGGCCCGCAAGAAGUGGCGGACAACGAGAAUAAGUGCCCAGAAAUUGAUAAUUUAAUUCGGGAUCCGUUGAACAUCACCGACGAUGAGCUGAUCCAACAGGUGAUGGACAUCAAGAAUAUGUCGAAUUGUAUUUCAAGUAUCGGUGACUACACAACACAGCCUAUAGUUAGGGUUAUCACGGAUUACGAGGGUAUCAAUCGGUUGGAGUGCAGCCGUAUUAAUGAGUUGUUGAACGCGUCCAGUGUUUUCUCACACAUAAUACAUAGCGAUAGUAUAGGGUAUCAAAAUGAGCAUGGUCAAAUAUUUAGCGCACAGCAAACUGAUAGCCGCGUUAACGAAGUGGUAAAUUUCACCAAACGUUUGGAGGGGUUCACAAAGUGCUGCGCCGACGACCAGUUGUCGCUCGUGAAGUACGGCUGCCUUGAAUUGAUAUUCAUGAGAGGUAUUAACAUUAGCCAUAAUCUGGCCCAUUGUCUGGACAUUCAUCUAAAGUUAAUACAGGACUCUGAAAGAGAUGUCUACUUAUUAUUCAAGAAGUUUGUCGAUAAAUUCAUUGAUAAUUUUGAUGAUGACGUGGUUAUUGUGAAUCUGCUGCGAUUAUCCUAUUUAACCCCAAACGCAAACUCGAACAACAACUGUAUAUAUAUUUACUGCAAAGAUAUCUACUAUUGAAAUACCGCUCGGAUUGGGAAACAAAACUUCAAUCACUAAUGACUGGGUUAACAGACCUGAGAAUUGCCACUGAUUUGCAUAAACACAACAAAAUGUGCGAAAAUAAAACUCAAGACUUCAAUGAAUUGACACAUAUUUCUGGACAACUUUGCCGAGAG